AUGACGCCUGCUUCCAAUGUCAGCUGCGCGGAAAAUCAAUACGUACUGAAUUUGGUCCUCGAGACGGAUCGCGUUACAGACUCCCUAUUACUUGUUCAUUUGACCUGGAGUUCACCCGAUAAGAAUCCAAUUGACAACCGUCACCUGCCACUCACCAUCGAGCAUGCAGCGUCGCGAAUCUUUGCCUUCCUCCGCAAAGUCCUCGCAUAUCCCAGUCUUAUCCCUCACCACAUCCAUGGUCACACACCAUUAGCACACUAUAAUAUCACAAUCACAGAAAAAUGCCAUCACGUUUCCACUUCGCUUAGACUUUCUUUUAUAUUUUUGCUCAUGACAUUAUCAAAGACCGAAGCAGCUGCAAGAGUUCAGCGUUCGUACGGGGACGUUAUAAUAUGUGGGAGCGACGGUUACGCUUACCGCAACAAGUGCGACUUUGAUAUCAAGAAAUCUACUUCAGUUGGUCUAACAAUGGCUCUCUCGGGCCCUCGUGCUCGAAAUGUAUAUUUUACUAAACCUUUUAUUAAAGUAGUUAAAGCUAUUCAAGAAGACGGAGUCAAUAAAAAAGGGUUACGAAAGCAGGGAGAUGGCACGGACAUUCGUUGUUCAUACGGAGAAACAGUUCUAUGCGGCAGCGACGGUUCCACAUACUACGACCUGUGCACCUUCCACACCAUGGAAGCGGUAAAUCCAUACCUGGUCGUGGCUCACCAGGGCCCGUGCGACCACCGCCAUGUCUUCAAACAACGACUUCGCGGGCAGAUUCCGAAUUUUCUAAGAAUGGGAAAAUUAUCGAAGAUGUUACUAGCGCAAAUUAUAAACUCGCAAAUAACGAUAUUUUGUAAGAGCAACGUCGCAGCAGUAAAAUGCCCACUCGGGGAGAUGGUCGUUUGCGGAAGUGACGGCUUCACCUAUAACAGUCUUUGUGAUUUGGAAAUCGUGCGAACUGUCCGACCCAACCUUGAGUUGCAUCACAUAGGUGUCUGCCACGGAGAAGGAUGCUCACUGGAACCGUUCAUCAAGCUUCUUAAUAAUAAGUCCGAAUUGAGAAGCAGAAAAUUGUCGGCCGGUAAACAAAAGAAAAACCCGUCAAAUAUAAAUCUGAAGAAACUAUUUCUGACGCAACUACUUAAAGCACAAAUUGUUGUAUUUCUAUUGGUUCCUUAUAUUAACGAGGCUAAUCUGAGAUGCAUUUAUGGGGACAGACCGAUUUGUGGAAGUGACGGAGUCACAUAUUUAAACUUAUGUGAUUUGCAAAUAAUACGUACUGUCCACCCUUACGUGCACGUAAGACACAUAGGACAGUGCGCAAUCGGGAAACAACUCGUCGCCCUAAAUCAACAAAUGAAAUCAGUGGGAUCUCCAAACGGAGGAUAUCUUCGAGAUGGGAAAAAGUAA